UGAGAGGAAGCAACAACGUCCUCUCAACCUUGCAAUAAAGCUUGUCUCUAUUAGUUUAUCAAUCCUUAACAUACGUCUACAUAUUAGCGCAAGCAAUUACUGCAUCAAAAGUCAAGCUCGGUGUAAAUAUUUGCUCUCUCAAAACAAAUCUUUUUGCUGUGUUUUUUGGUUACAAAUCUCUUUGUGAAUAAAUUUGAAGAAACGUUCACGCACAAAAAAAUGGUUUUCAAGUUGAAUAGCCACUUGCUGUCUAGGAUAGCAAGCAGCAAUGGACACGGUGAAGAUUCCCCAUAUUUCGAUGGCUGGAAAGCCUAUGACACUGAUCCCCAUCAUCCCACGGACAAUCCAAAUGGAGUUAUCCAGAUGGGUCUUGCAGAGAAUCAGCUGUGCUUUGAUUUGAUUCAAGACUGGCUCAAGAAGAAUCCUAAAGCCUCCAUUUGCAGUCCUGAAGGAUUAAAUGAGUUCAGAGAGAUAGCCAUCUUUCAAGACUAUCAUGGCUUGCCAGAAUUUAGAAAUGCUGUAGCAAACUUCAUGGAAAAAGUGAGGGGAAAUAGGGUUACAUUUGAUCCUGACCGCAUUGUUAUGAGUGGAGGAGCUACCGGAGCUCAUGAAACAAUUGCGUUUUGCUUGGCGGAUCCCGGCGAGGCAUUUUUGGUUCCUACUCCUUAUUAUCCAGGAUUUGAUCGAGAUUUGAGAUGGAGAACAGGAGUUAAACUCAUUCCAGUUGACUCUGAUAGCUCUAACAACUUCAUGGUUACAAGAGAAGCCUUGGAAAAUGCCUAUGAGAUGGCACAAUUAGACAACAUUAAAGUAAAGGGCUUGCUCAUAACAAACCCAUCAAAUCCGUUGGGUACCAUCCUAGACAGGGAAACUCUACGAAGCAUUGUGAGAUUCAUCAAUGAAAAGAACAUCCAUUUAGUCUGUGAUGAGAUUUAUGCAGCCACAGUUUUCAGCCAGCCUGAUUUCAUUAGCGUAGCGGAGAUACUACAGGAAGAUAUUGAAUGCAAUCUUGAUCUUGUACACAUUGUUUACAGUCUCUCAAAGGACAUGGGCUUCCCUGGCCUCAGGGUUGGCAUUAUCUAUUCUUACAAUGAUGCAGUUGUGAGUUGCGCCCGCAAGAUGUCAAGCUUCGGAUUGGUAUCCACACAAACUCAGUACCUGAUAGCAUCAAUGCUAUCGGAUAAUGAAUUUGUGGAGAUGUUCAUUAGGGAAAGCAAAAGUAGAUUAGCCGCAAGGUAUAGAGUCUUCACUCGUGGACUUGAUCAAGUAGGCAUUGAGUGUUUGAAGACAAGUAAUGCUGGCCUGUUUUUGUGGAUGGAUUUGAGUAGACUCCUCAAAGAGCAGACAUUUGAAGCUGAAAUGGAACUAUGGCGAGUUAUAAUCCAUGAAGUCAAGCUCAACGUUUCGCCGGGUUGCUCUUUUCAUUGCUUGAAGCCAGGGUGGUUUAGGGUUUGUUUUGCCAACAUGGAUGACGAGACCAUGCAAGUAGCUUUGUCAAGAAUUAAAACAUUUGUCAAUAAAGAGGCGGGCACCAAGAAGUCUAAGAAGAACUUGCGCUGGCAAGGCAGUCUUAAACUGCUCAACUCUCCUCGAAUAUACGAUGAUUUCAUCAAUUCUCCACACUCUCCUAUACCUCAAUCACCUCUUGUUCGAGCAAGGAAUUAGAUGGGCUCAGAUGAAGAUUCCUUGUUUAAUUCUUUCCUAGCUCAGGAUAGGUAUUCAACUAAGUUUUUUUCCCCCCAAUAUUCAUGCAAUUCAUGUUAAAAUGGAACAGUUUCCUUUCUGUAGUUAGAGAAAUUCUUAAUGCGCUCAUCAAGAGUAUAUGCUCCCUUGUACACAUUAGGGUGAAUUAAACAUUGGAGGCUCACAAUUGUGUGUUUUUUAUGGAGUAUAUAUCAAAGUGUAUUGAAUUAUUUCACAUAGUUAACUUAAGAGGGUGUUGGCUGA